GAACAAACUCAGAAUGCAACCAUCUUUCCCUCAUUCCCACUUCUUCUCUUCCCUGAAACGAUUGGAGAAAAGAUUGAAACUUGACACUCCAACAGACCUUCCCCCUCCACAAAAUCAACAAAACUGCGUACUUGAAUCUUCCACCGAGUCCCUAGGCACCCCAUUAUACCUCAACUCCUUACCCCACCCGCCCACCACUUCCUCAGACCUCCAAGAAAGUGAAGUUCCUCAAGAAUUCCUCUCAAAUUCCCCUGAUUUCGCCCAAACCCUAACAGAAAAUCCCCCUCAAGAACCAAUGGGGAAAGUUGAAGAGGAUGAUGAUGAUAUAAAUCUGCUGAUGCAGCUCUUGGGCUUGUCAGGGUGUGAGGGUGGUGGGUCCCAAAGGGGUGGGCAGAAACUGGGGUGUGAUGAUGGGUUUUAUGGAGGGGUUGUUGGGGUGAAGGGGGUAAAGAGUGGGGAGGAAUUGGAGAGGUUGGAUGGGUGGAUUAAGCAUUUCUUGAAUGGUGAGAAAGAGAGAAGAGAGCCCUUGAGGUUGGCUCAUUUGCUUCUGGGCAAAGCUGCAUUUCUGGAUUCUAUGGAUAGUGGUGAUGGUUUUGGAGGCCUUGAGUUCCCUUCCACCAUUGAUGAGUUCUUGCAGAAUGAUCCACCUGCUGAUGAUGAGGUGUGCAUAAAGUUGUAAAACGUUCAUGUAUAUCAUCUCUCUUAGUCUCUCCCUUUAUUCCAACGGUAGGCUACUAAAAUCUCUCACUUCACCGAUUAACUUUACAUCCAUGGCUAAGUCAUCUACUUCCGUUUCCAUUA